UAUUAAGUUAUAAGAAAUGCUUUAUAUCAUUAUAUGUUUUGUGGUAUCUCUAGCACAAAGCUCAGUCUCAUCACAAAACACUUGCUUAUAACAAAGAGAGCUCCUCUAAACAUAGCUCAUGUCUAGUACUACGGCUGGCCUUGUGAUUCCCUGCCAAGCUGCGGUAGCAUGGGAGGCGGGGAAGCCGUUGGUGAUAGAGCAAGUAGAGGUUGCUCCACCACAGACCAUGGAAGUCAGAGUAAAGAUCAAAUACACCACUCUUUGCCGUACUGACUUCUACUUUUGGGAAGCCAAGGGCAGUUCUUCUACACAAUUGUUUCCUCGCAUUUUCGGCCAUGAAGCAGCCGGAAUUGUAGAGAGCAUUGGUGAGGGAGUGAAUGAUUUCCAAGUAGGUGAUCAUGUUCUUCCUGUGUUUACCGGAGAAUGUGGGGACUGUCGUCACUGCAAAUCGGAGGAGAGCAACAUGUGUAAUUUGUUACGGAUGAAUCCUUACCGAGGAGUGAUGUUAAAUGAUGGAAAAUCGCGGUUCUCUCUCAAGGGAAAUCCUGUUUACCAUUUCAUUGGAACUUCUACUUUCAGUGAAUAUACAGUUGUUCAUUCUGGUUGUCUUGUGAAGAUUAAUCCAUUGGCACCCUUAGAUAAAGCAUGUAUUCUCAGCUGUGGUGUUUCAACAGGUUUGGGAGCGACUUUGAAUGUAGCAAAACCGAAGAAAGGCUCUACUGUUGCUAUCUUUGGACUUGGGGCAGUUGGACUUGCUGCUGCUGAAGGUGCUAGAAUUGCUGGUGCAUCAAGGAUAAUAGGGAUUGCUCGAAACCCUGACAGGUUUGAAGAAGCCAAGAAAUUUGGUGUCACAGACUUUGUUAAUCCAAAAGAUUAUGACAGACCAGUUCAAGAGGUCAUAAGGGAGAUGACAGACGGAGGAGUUGACAGGAGUAUCGAGUGCACCGGAAAUGUGGAUGUUAUGAUAUCUGCAUUCGAGUGCGUUCAUGAUGGAUGGGGAGUGGCUGUGCUUUGUGGAGUUCCAAGCAAGGAUGCAGUAUUUAUGAGUAAGCCAAUUAAUUUUCUGAAUGAAAGGACUCUCAAAGGGACAUUUUUUGGCAACUAUAAGCCCAAGACUGAUCUUCCAUCUGUGGUUGAUAUGUACAUGAAUCAGGAGUUGGAUUUGGAUAAAUUCAUAACUCAUAGAGUUCCCUUCUCAGGAAUUAACAAGGCUUUUGAGUACAUGCAAAAUGGAGAAGGCUUGCGCUGUAUUAUUAGCAUGGAAGAUUAAAGCUCAAUACCAGAACAGGAUUAUCAUCUGCUUUAUUAGCAUAUGAUUUAAGUUUCUUGUUAAAUUUGGAAAAUUGCAUCAAUUAUUUCUUUCGUUGUAAUAAUUAAUGUUGAUCAAAUUGAAUGAAUAUGCAACUUCAAAGUAACAAAUAAUUAUCCUUGUUCUUUCCAAUGUUAA